UUAGCUCGCUGCUGCUGCUGCUGCUUGCAGUUAUGCUUUGACUCGGCUGCCUGAUGGAGUUUUGUCUGCGGCACCCUGUGUCUCUGGUGGCAGAAAUGGACGGGGAGAGCCUGGAUGUAAGGAUGCUGUGGGAGAACCUUGCUGAACUUCUUGCAGGGAUAAUUAGUGCUCUGGUCUAAUAACAUCACGAGAAACUGGUUACCAUGGAGACAAGCAAGCAGGGAUGUUUAAGUACUCCAGCCUCCAGCGAGCCUUCAGUGCAGGAUUGCCUGUCUCAGCCCGGCAGCAGCUCAUCAACGGCUCUUGCUGAAGACGGAAUGCAGAGUAAACAGAAGCCCCUGCAAACAGUCUACCUAAACACCAUCAGCCUGCCCCUGUACCAGCAGUGUCAGCCUGCAUGCAGCCAGGAGACCCUAUCCAUCCACCUCUCAGUCCCCCAGCUGCCUGAAAGGAUGGGUCAAGCAGAGCCCAAACAGCUCCUGCCGACCCUGACCCUGAGCCUAGUCAAUGGGCUUCCGAUUGUGCAUAGUCAAGGGUCGGUAAGCAUACCUCCGGGGAAGCCCAAGUCGACAGGGAAGCACGUCUGCAAGCACUGUGGCCGGGACUGCCUGAAGCCCAGUGUUUUGGAGAAGCACCUCCGAUGUCACACAGGUGAACGGCCCUAUCCCUGCGCCACCUGCGGCGUUGCCUUCAAGACCCAGAGCAACCUCUACAAGCACAAGCGCACUCAAGCUCACGCCCGUCUCUGCUCUGAACCACAAGGGGGCAGCAGAGACAGCGCUCAGAGUUCAAAGGAGACGAGUUUAGAAAGUCCUUUUGCUGGAGGUUACGAAGGAGGGAAUAGCAAAGGCUCUGGGAGCCUUGAUAAAGAAGCUGCUGUUUGUGAUGCGACGCCCAUCUCCACAACUUCAACCCAACUUGAGUUGGCUGGACAGGGCAAAGUCGAGUCAUGUACAGGCCGGGCUUUGCAUCAGGCUGCCCUGGUUGGACUCAUACUUGCCCCUGUUAAUGGAAACCAGGAGAACACAGCUCAGGAGUGUGGACUGCUGCCCGGAAGACAGAGUAUGCUAGGCACCACGAACGACUCCAGGGCAGAGAGAGAAGGACAGUCUACCCAAAUGCCAAACCGCCACAUUCCGCUCCAGAGGCAGGAAGCCACAUUUUUUUCAAAACAGUGGGACCCAAGAGCCUCUAGUGGGAAAUCGCAGAGCCACGACAGUACGGACUCCGGGUACCUGUCCCACUCAGAAAGCACUGAGCAGCAAUCCUGGGGCUCCUGCUCUAACAGCAGCGUGCGUGAACACAGCAUGGAGUCCCUGCCAGAAACCGCUAUGGAGUCCCAGGCAGAAACAGCACCCUCUGCAGCUAUGCACUGCCCUGCCGAGGCUGCACCCUGCAGUUCCAGUAACAAGCCAUCAGAGCUGGAAAAGAAGCAACUAGAAGAGCACAUCUCGAAGCUGAUCUCCGACAAUGACGCGGUUGUGGACGACAAACGUCUGGCGAACGUGCGGCCCAGAAAGACGGUGCUCUCCAAGCAAGGCAGCAUCGACCUCCCCAUGCCUUACACCUACAAGGACUCCUUUCACUUUGACAUGAAAGCCAGCAAGAUGACCAACACUUGCAUAAGCUGGAACAGGCCCACGAGCAGAUCCAAGCCGGGGCUCUUCAGCUCUGUGCCCACACAAUGCUCCACCAGCCUGGACCGCCUGCCCGUUACGAGGAGCAGCUCCCUGCCCUUCAGUGGGAGCUGCUUGGGUUUGGAGGGAGCCACCAGGCAAAACUUUUAUCACCAGGAGGCUUGUUCAGGAGGGAAGGACAGCUCUGGUCAUUUGUAUACCGGAGACUUUGCUGCAAGGUCUGUUGAUUUACAAGCCUCACACCCAAGAUCACUAGUGAGGCAGGUGGCUGUGGACUGCAUACCAGCAGCCGAGGUUACCUGUCCUCCUGACCCCCUAGAAGAAGCCAGUCAGAGCAGCCUUGGAUCUGAGGGGGAGCCUGCGGGCUUAACCAACGAGUCAAGUGGGGGCAAAGGUCGCCGCAAGAAAACCCCAAAGUUCUCCUACAACAAGUGGUACAUGUAUGGAGACGGGAUUUUCAGGAAACUAUACCAGAUGGAGAAGGGGAGGAAUGCUAAGCUCUCUGGUGGUGGCUGCAGGGUGAGAAAAAGCUCAGGUAGCGCAGAAGCCAGCAACAGUUUAGAAGAAAACAAGAGCAUGGAGACCCAGGCAGCUCAAGCACCGGCCAGUUCAGUGGGGGUCAACGGAGCAUCAACACAUCAAGAAAACCUGAUAUACCAGCCACCUAACCUACCAGCUAAAGUGCCUGGCUUUGAAACUAAACAGGGAUUGCCUACCCUGCAUGGAACAGAUUCUGAAGUGCCUUUGUGUUGCUAUAAAACAUCAGCAACACCAUGCAAUCAAAGUGAAAGAGAAAAAUCUGCUCUUCCGAGCAAUGAAGUGUCUUCUGUUCGAGACACAGGCAGUGGCGAGUCCAUUGUUUAUUUCCAGAAACCACAGCAGAAGGGGAUUGCAAACUCACAGCACCAACGCCUAGUCAGGCAAUGCAGCCUUCUGGUCCCAGAGCUCAGUAGUAUCAAGGGAUCAUGGGCACCUAAAGACGUUUGCACAGUUAAAGAGGUGGACCAAAGCAGGAAGAAUACAUCUUGUCAGUCUCUGAGUCACCUUCCAUCAGACAGGAAGAAGAAGAAGACGGAUGGGAUAAUUACCACUGGAGGUCUUCCGGUAGAAGUGAGCGGCUGUAGGGAUGGGACACAGAGCUGCUCUAGUCUGAAGUGGCUGAACAGCAAGACAGAAAGUAGACAAAAUAAAAUACUACACUCCUUAGGAACAACAUGUGAUACAAAGAAUGAGGGAGUGUCCAUGGAAGGGGUAGAAAAUGAACCAGCUCACUAUCAGGGCCUCAUUAGCCAUAAUUUUCACCGAGGUUCAGCCCAACACGAGGAGACCAGCCCUGCACAAGACACUGUGACGAAGAUUGAAGCACCUGCACCUCUCCCAACUAAGAAGCCUAGCUUUCUCCCAAUGUAUCAACUCAAACUGCCUCAAGAGGGCAGUCAAAGAACACAUUCAAAUGCUUUCCCCAGAUCCACAGAAGACACGUUACAGUGCCUUGCCCUCACAGCCACUACAGCCUGUUUGAAUCUUCCUGUAACAUCUUUCAGCAACUUGGUUCCUAACAAAAGUCGAUGUGAUAACCCUCUGUCCCCAAAACAAGAAGACUCUUUAUUGUGUGGCACGCCUCCCAGUGUUUGUGUGAAAGGGCUAAGCGUGCCUGCCCAUGUUGUUGAGGUAGAGCAGGGGGCGAGCAAGACAAAACUGCCAGACAGCAACCAGUCAGGAGAAGCAGGAUCUGUAUCACAGGACGGCCCUAGCAAGUCCAUAAAGGGUUUCCAUCAGGUAGCUUUAUCAGACAAUCCCCAAUGGGCCAGUAGAAUCCAUGAGGACAGCCAUACAGGGUGUGUUUCACAGAAACAUUUUUAUCAGAAGGAGGCGAUUCCCUUUGUCUGCGAUGCUCCACUAACUCUUACUCAUUCACUGGAAGUCUGUGCAGGGACUCCAUUACAGGAUGCUUUGGAACAGCAGCAGCCUGCCGAGAUACCAGGUCAAACUCCCUCCCACGCCACAGCCCACGCAGAAACCGUGUUACAGCAAUCAGCAAGUCAACGCCAACCUUCACAAUUCCAGGUGCUCUCGCCACACAGAAACCAACACGAGGGCAAUGGAGAAUGCUUUACACAAAAUGAUUCCACACACCACGAACACACAGAGGGGCUAAGUUUGACUCUCCUGUCCUGCACAGCUCCAAGGGAUUGCAACCCAGAUAGCCGGAACACUCUAUUCCAAGAGCAGAAUCAAAUGUUACAUUCAGUCCAACAGGAUGACCACACUGAGAAAGUCUCAAUCUCUACAAUCAGCCACACUGAAGAAAUGCAGUUACUGGAAGCUCCUGGGCAAUGUGAACCAUUUCAGGUUCUGAGUCAACUGGGAAGUGAAUCAAAAACUGUUUGCCUAGAAACUCCCAUUCACAACCUUCUCAUUCAAUCUUCUAAUCAAACUGUUGCCUAUUUUGAAUACCAACUAGCAGAACAUUUUACACAGGGAACUUUUACCCAAACCCAUCUUACACAGCAAUCCAUUGGUGACACCAAAAAUAAGAUCUGUAAACCAAAUGAGCCACUCCAAAUACAAACUCAGGAAUCCUUUCCCUAUAAUAUUCAUGUAAAUGAGAAUCAUUCUCAGCAACUCCUGGAACUAACUUCUAAUCAAAAAGAAAUAUUAAAUUGCCCGAAUCAUACACCCUUAUCCUGGAACAUGCAACAAGAGAGCUUUAAGGAAGCUGAAGUGGGGGGCUGUUGUAAAAAGCAAAUUUGUGAGGCUCAACCAGACACACAUACAAACACUGUUUCACGUGAUGAAUUUACGGAACAGAAAAAUGACCAAGUAUCCAGUAAGGAUGGCACAUCUAACACAGACCAACUCAAUGCCAGUGAUAGACCUGUCUCACCAGACUCCACCAGCAGCAACAAAUCUUUCGAGAAACUGAAACAGACUUCUUCAUCUGAUACAAACCCACAGCACAGACAUACGGAAGAUGUUUCACGUCAAUAUUUAGGUAAAAACAAGCAUGCUGAGGAUGAUAUUUCAGAAGCAACUUCUUCCCAACACACGCCAUUUCAGGAAUCAAGUUCGGAAGCUACAGCUCGUACAAAUUGCCCAGAAUAUGAUGUAGAGCCUGUUUCAUGUCAAGUGUUCGACCACCUAAUGCUCAUAAACAGUCAAACUCUCCCAUCCUGUAAAUCCCCACAGGAUUCCCAUGCUGUCAUUGUUCCACAGAAAGCCUCAGUAAUGGCUAAUCCUCUCCUCAUAAGCACAGGAGAACAGGACAGUAAUACAGACUUUGUUUUACUGAUGGCUUCAAUUGGAAGACACAAAUCUUGUCAGGGGCUCAGUGAGACAUCUCCCUCAGUAGCUAAUGCAGACAGUCACACUGACAAUGUUUUACAGGGGCCUUCGGGCCAACACAAACUCAUCCAGGCAGUUAGUCGUGCGCAUUUGUCUGAUACAGAACCAAGAGUAAGCAAUCCAGGAUGUAUUGUACAAGACGUUCUUAGCCAACACAAAGUCAUAAAUAACAGGCAGUCACCCAACAUCACAGAACUGGAAAACAACCCUGGAAAUAAGUUGAACUCCAAAGCUUUUUGCCAGAAUGAACUUUUCGAGGGACUCAAUCAAACUCUGCACUUGCCUCUUCCAACACCGCGGACCAUGCCAGGAUUCAAACAGGUGGCCCCAUCCUGCGUCUCCCAGAAGGGCAGCGCUGCCGAAUGCACGUUACAGGAACACUCGCCUCACACUGAAUAUCAUAGACCCCAAUCCCAUGUGCCACAGCUGGAAAACACAGCAAGGGCUGUUUUGCUGGAAGCUUGCACCUCACCUGAACCCUUCCUAAGAAUCAGUCAGACAGUCUCAGCCCAGUGGAGCUCCCAGGCCAAUACUGAUGUUCAAGAAGGUGUGGGCGGACCCCAACCGGACCAGAGUUUGAAUCCGGACCUGUUGCUCUUCCUAGCACAGGGUAAGGAUGACUCGGGCGUGCUUUCACAUUUAAUGAAAUGGGGUCCGCAAGCAAAACUGGUUUUGCAGGAAACAGUUUUGCAAAAAUCCCCUCUCCAGGAAGCUCUACAAAUCCCCCUGUGUCACAGUACCCAGAUGGCAGAUGAAGAGAUACCGACCAGAAAAUGUGAACCGGUCAGGGGACUUCUCCAAACAUUAACCUCGGGUAGCAAAGAGAAGCAGCAGUCUUUUGAUGGUACUUUCAGAUUCCAGCCAGAGGGGGCAGCAGAGAUCACCUGCAGAAGGGGCCCGGGGAAGGCAGCAGAGAGAUGCUCCGACUCUGAACUGCAGACAGCAGCUGCUGUGCAGACAGUAGUAACCACAGAACCACAAGACCUGGAUGCAUCCCAGAAACCAAAUGUGAGUGAGGAGAGUUCUCACCUUCUACCUCUUCAUCUCUCCCAGCUGCCAGCUCAUACCAGCUCCCUGCCCAGUACUCUCUCCCACAUGGGGGGCCACAGGGCUUUGAGUCUGGCCUCUGGUUUCUCCCAUCCUCUAGAGCAGAGGGAAGGAUCCUAUCUUGCUCCCUCUACAGUCAGAUUCCCUGCUGUGCCUCACAAAGCCCGCCCACUCCCCAGGGGUGCCCUCUCAUUGGACAGCGAGUGUGUUGCUAGGGGCCACGAGGAGGCUGAACUACAGAGGAACUCCAGGUCUUUGGAAACAACACAAGGCCUCUCGCUGCAGGAAGAACGACCCACCAGGAAUGUAGGGUACGGAGAGGGUCCAUCACAGAACAUAGAUAACAGGGAAAAGGCUGACUCUCUCCCACCGGCCCGAGUCUUUGGUGCAGAGGAUAAAAACAUUACGCAGUGGUCUUCAAAAGGAGACCUGGACCCAGCCUGUUUCAGUUUGAGUCGGAAUUCGUUGUUCGGGGAUUCCAGUGUGAAUGCAGAUGGAGAGGAAUGUUUGAAUUGGAUUCCUGCAGAUUCCUGCUUGAACAAGGAGGAGGUGAACAGCAUUGGGUCAGGUCUACCGAAGACCUUGCAGGCUCUUCACAGAGCUGCCCAGGCUAACCUGGAGGAAGCGGACACAAGCAGCAGCGAUGAUGAAGGAAAGCUUGUCAUCGAACUCUGAAGUGGGCGUGUCUUUAACAAGACUUUUAUAUAGACUCGUGAGAGAGUUAGAGUUAGAUAUGUGUGGCUCUCUCUAGACUGAUGGUAAAUAACUCAUGAGUUAGCUUUGGAAACAGGGUCCACGGUGGACUGAGAUGAGGUAUGAGCUGAUGGUUAGAGAUGAAGAUUGUGAUACAUGUACGCUUAUGCUCAUCUCCCUGGCCUAGUUUCUGUAUUUGUGUGCGUGCAGAACUGACAACAGACAGUGUUACUUCAGAUUAUAUUUGUAAUGUUGGAUUUUAUUUCUGUUGCUGCAGAUGUUCAUAAGAAGCUCUUAAUUGGGGUGGAUUAGUGACCAUUGUAUUUGCCAUUGGUUGUGCAAGCUGUUUUCGUCAGCUGUUUAAUAAAUUAUAUUUAAUAAAGUAUAUUAUGAUAUUCUGUUGCAUCUUUCUCUCUUGCUGGUUCUUCCCUAUGAUAC